AUGCCGGAGAUCAUGCUGGACAAUCUGCUGAACCACCUCGCGACCAAUUACUCGGCCGAUCUCGACUUCAUCUUUUGGACUGGUGACAACCCCCCGCACGACAUUUGGAUGGAGUCGAGGGAGUCUCAAAUCGCGAGCACUCAGUACCUGGUGGACAAGCUCAAGGCCGCGUUUCCCAAGACCCCCGUGUUUCCGACGCUCGGCAACCACGAGAGCUUUCCGGUCGAUCAGUUCCCUACGCCGCCCAAGAACAGUUGGUUGAUGAACCCCGUUGCGAGGAUGUGGUCUUACUGGCUUCCUUCCGACGCUCUGCAAACCGUGCAAUAUGGAGGAUAUUACACCACACUCAUCCGUCCAGGACUGCGCCUGAUCUCGCUGAACACCCAAUACUGCGACAUCAACAACUUUUAUCUCAUUCUGAAUGCUACGGAUCCGACGGAGCAACUCGCCUGGCUCACUGGUGUGCUCGCCAAGGCGAAGGCGAGCAAUGAGAUCGUCUUCAUCAUUGGUCACAUUCCCUUCAAUGAUGUCGGUUGCUUGUACAAGUACUCGAGCCAGUACGAACGUCUCAUUCGCCAGUAUGCGCCCAUCAUCAAGACGCAGCUCUUUGGACACACGCACGAUGAUAGCUUCUACCUGACCUACAGCGAGGACAACUCUGCGUCGGACCCCAUCAGCGUUGCCUACGUUGCUCCCUCGGUGACGACCUACACAAACUUGAACCCGUCGUACCGCAUCUACGAAUACAACAGAACCGAUGGCACCAUCCUCAACUACCAGCAAUACUACACCGACCUCGAGCUCACCAACAAGCAGGGAUACCCCACCUGGACCAAGGCGUACGAUCCCAUCUCCGAGUAUGGAAUGAGCUCUCUGUCCCCGGCGCAGUGGGCCGCGGUGACGGCCAGGUUCAACGCGACGGACUCCUACUUCCAGCGCUGGUGGUUCCACCACUACUCCCAGACUGCGGGCAGAGCUCCCUGCACCGGCGGCUGCAAGUCGGACUCCCUCUGCUCCAUGACCUCGUCCACCGCCAAGGCCUUCCUGGAGUGCACCGGCCAGGAGUACAACCUCGCCAACCUGUGGGAGUGGCUCAUGAACCACCUCUGCUAG